AUGAGACCUGUCCAAGGAAUGAAACUGUGGAGACGGUUAGGUAGGUUGCCUGUUUUACCACCACCACCAAGGAACAAAAAGGGAAAACCUCAUGACCAUGCUAGAAAAAAAGCUCCUCAUGAGUCGUCCUCUAAUCCUUACAAGUUAACACGGCAUGGUCGUGUAGGAACUUGCUCAAACUGCAAAAAAGAAGGACAUAAUAAGACAAGGUGUCCGGAUCCAAGUGUACCUCCUCCACCAAAACGGCCAAGAGGUCGUCCAAAAAAAAACCAGGGAGAGUCAUCUCAAGGUGGAGCUUCUCAAGGUGGAGAUUCUCAAGCUGGAUCAUCACAAGUAGGAGCUUCUCAAUCAUCACAAGGAAGAUUCGGUUUCUCUUCUUAA